AUGCCCGCGCUAUUAACGCACGCAACCGAACUGCUGCAAACCUUUGUCGACCGAGACACCGUUGCCAACGCCUCCGUGAACGGGACUGGCGAUGCGCCGCCACUGCAGGUGGUGUGCGCCUGGCCUGUGUCGGGCCAGUACGGGCCAGGCUCGCGUGUCCUCUAUUACGUGCUCGUGGCGACGUGCGUCCUCGCGCGCAAGGCAGAAUGGCUGCGCAGUGCCUGCCUGGCCGCCGCGCUAGUCCUCCCGGCCGUCGCCGCCAUCCACGGCAUCGUCCUCGCCGCCAUCCACGUCGACGGCGCCGUCGACAUGGACAUCUACGGCGCCUUCCAGGUGUGCGCCAUCGCCACCCUGGCGGGCCCCGUGACUGCCAGGCUCUCCCGGACGUAUUUCUUCAACCCUGGCCGCAACACCAUCUUUUUGUGGUGCGUCCUCAUGAUUGCCGGUCUGUUGAGCCUGACCGUCGAGUUCUACCGGGCGAACCCUGUAGGAUGUCCGUUUGACAACGAGGGCAAUCCAGCCCCGCGCAACCUCGACAAGUUCCCGUACGACAAUAUCACAUGCGGCCUGGUCUGCACCCCCGAGACGGGGCCGAGGAACCCACUGCGCCGCGAUGCCACCGACGACAUCUAUGUGAUACCAGCGCCGGCGCCGCUGACGUUCGGGAUGGGCACUCUGCUUGCCGCCGCCUGCUGCAUCCCCGCCAUCCUGUCGCUGGUCUCCAUGUGGAACAAGAUCGUCGAGAUCAACUGGAGGGCAACUUUUGGCCAGGGGGAGGACGAGAACGACCAGAUCGAAGGUACGAACGGUGCCACCGUCAAGGGCAUGAAGGGCGUCAAUGCCAUCCUCAAGUCGUGGCUGUCGGUGAUCGAGGUCCCGGUGUUCAGCGCUGCCGUGUUGGCCGUUUUGAUCCUCGGGGAGCUGAAUCUCUUCAGCCCACAGAUGCGAUUCCGAACAGAGCCCAUACAGAGCAUCGGGCAAUGGGGACCGAUUGUAGCGACGGGUCUGAUCGCGUUCGGGUCCUUGUAUAUGCUUCUUGCAGGCGACAUGGAGACUGUCAGAAAGGGGGGCGAGAUCGGUGGCAAUGAAGACAGCAACACCAAUGGCAUUAUAGUCCACCAUUGCAAUUGCUCUCACCACCACCACGACGAGAACGGACGGUUCUUGAUCGAAAUUGACCGGGAUCGGGCAUCCAGUGCCGGCAGAAGUAUGAAUGGAGAGAAGCGACACGAGUCGCCCAGCCCACCAAUCACGCACCAAAUCAGCCGCGGACGGUCUAGGACACCAUCUGCGGCAGUCCAUGCUCCCGAAUCCCAAGCGGUAAACAGAAGGAGCUCCUCCAACGAGGACGAGGACGUGGUGAGGUCGAUUGUCGGUGAUGUCGACCAGAGAUUGCGACGCCUAUCGACCAACGAUGUCGGGGGUCGGCGGAAGGUCGCCGAGACCCUGACGCGCCUCAGCAAGUUCUUGGAGACGGCAGGCGGCGACAUGUACGACCUAUCCGACUUCAAGAACAGCGAGGCGAUGGACUUCCCCCUCAUCCCGGGCGAGGACUACCGCAACCCGGAUCUCUCGGAGAUCAAGAGGGCGUACAACGCCCCGCGGGACGACAACGACGACGCGGCAUCCAUGCGGCCCCGGUCGCGCUCCCGAGCGCGCAGCUUCGCCAACAGCGUGUUCGAUGCCGACGGCGAAACGGCCGGGCCGUCGACGCCGCGCGCCGCGCGCCACUCCGUCAGCAACAGCCGGCGAAGCCGCUCGGACACCAUGAACAGCGACCGGCAGUCGCUCGACUUGCACCACACGUCCACGGCCGGGUCCAAGGGGCCCAUGCCGGUGAAGCGGCGCGCCACGCUGGAGGUCCCCGGCAGUCCCCCCGCCGCGCCCAGCGACCUUCCUCCGUCGCCCACGACGCCGACCACCCCUUCGGUCGCGGUGCCGGGCAGCCAGGGCUCGCCGGCGAUUGUCAUCUCUGCGGAUUCGGAUUUCGCCUCGCCCGGACAGAUGCCGGUGUUGGCUCCGCCGGCGGCUCGCAUGGCGGCAGAGCCGCGGCCUCCACCUCGAGAGCAAUCGCCUCCUCGGCCGAAAAGGGAAGGGUAG